AGAGAAGGGGUUUGUAGUAUAACUGGAGAAGAUGGCGACGAAACGGCGUGGAGGAGUUGAUGGAAGAAGGAAAAUGAAUAUAGAUGUGAAGGCAGUGGGCUUGGGAGCUGAUUCCAGCGACGAUGAAGAUGCCCCUGAAGAAGUUACCUUUGAAAAAGCGAAAGCAGAUGCUGUACGGAGCAUGAGGAACGCCCUGGAUACUAUCAAGAGAGACAAGGAGCUGUUGAAGGAAAAGAGAAGAAAGAGACAGGAGCUAUUUCAACAGCAAAAGAAAAGAAAGUUACUCUCUGAAGAUGUACUGGAAGAGAUUGAAUUGGCAUAUACCAAAAAACGCAAGACUUUGGAUUCAGAAGAACAAGAAAAAGAGAGUGAAGAGGAUGAAUCGUCAGAAGAUGAAGACGAAGUGGUUAAUGCCAGGCUAAAGGACAGCUAUAAGGCUGUAAGACUCAAGGACCAAAUUGAUGCAAAUGCCAGACAGGAAAGCGCAAGUGAUUUUAUAAGAUCUCGUCUCUAUGGACCAGGAACCAACAGAACCACAACAAACCACAUGCUCUCACUUAAAAACAAAACAGGGAUGAACAAAACAGCAGCUGUACAGUUUGUUGACAAAAAUUGGGGGUCAGAGAAGAAAGGAGAAGCUGAGAAGUUUAAAAAGAGGUGGAUUCAGAACCAGAACAUGAUUACCAACUAAGUGAAGUGAGAACUGCCCUGGGGAGACAUACUUUACCCCUGUGCAUAUACUGCUGCAGUGCACAAGUGUUUUUUUUUUUGUUUUUGUUACUUUGGGAUUGAACUUAAUUUGCUGAUUGGUUCAGAACAAACUUUUUCAACAAAAGAAAGCAAUAUACAUUAAUUUCUUGUCUUAUUACAUUAAACGUAUGGUUUAAUAUAAUUAAUAUUGUCCUUUUGUUCUAACCUUUUAAUGCUGGGAGACCUUGUGUUUGUUGAAAUGUUUGUUACCCAGUCUGAGAAGUUUCUUUAGUUUAACUUAAUUGAAAAUACUAAUUUUACGAAAUAAAAAGCAAAACGUCUUAAAUCUUAAACUGAUGAAAGCACUAGCUGAAAUGUUUAUCUGCCUGACUACUUAAAAGUUUUACCUUGGAUAUUGAAUGACUUGCAAAAAGGAUCAUCUCAGUAUUUUAUAAGUUAUUUUGCCAUAACUUAAUGAUUUGAUAUGUAAUAAUACAUUGCAGACAGCUGUUACAACUAAUGUAGAAAACCUACCACUUCUAUUGCGUUUGCUAUUUUCUGUCACUGGCAGUACACCUGUAGUCAUUACUCUUGUCUUUUGCAUGCUUUUAAAAGGAGUAGUGUAUUAGGUCACUACUUUUUGCAGUUUCUCAUUGAAUUCCUGCAUAACUACCCCAGAAUUUUCCUAUGGCUAUCUCCCUCCCAACCAAAAGUUGUCUUGAGCACCACCCACUAUCUGAAUGAAAAUGAAUUAUUCCAGAUUUUGAACCAUAUAAAACCAGUCCCAUCUAACCUCAUUUUGCUUGCCAAAAAAAAAAAAAAAAAAAACUUAUGGAAAAAAUUGGUAGCUCAGAUUAAGGGGAAAAAAAAGUGUGUACAGUAUAAAACAAAGCAACAUAAGGUACAAAUAAACCUCUGUGUAAUAAGCUGUGGUUCUCUUAUCCAGAGGGCUGUUUACUGAUAACAGUGAUACAUGUUACUUUAUUCCUUGUAACAGGCUGCAGGUAAUUCCCCAAACCCUUACAUUUUAGAGUUUUAAGUACCCCUUAACGGUUUGAUUGGGGAAAAACAAAUGUAGUCUUGGAUAUCUAAAGGGGCAAUGUUUCACUUUAUAUUGGUGUGACACUGCUGAAGAUGGUGUAUGUUGUCCCAAUGGAGUCUAAACAUCUAUGGACAUCUAGGGUCAAUUGCAACAAACUUGCAGUUAGUAGAGCUGCAUUCUAGCUAGUACGGUACUUGGGAUCAUCCCUAGCUGCGUACUACCUUAAUAAAAAUUGCAACGAGAAAAGCGGAACAAAGUUGGGGACUAACUGCUCCCCAGCGUUAGUAUGUUACUAAAGAUUCUGGUUUGUUUCAGUGUGCUUCCAAACAGGAACUGAAGAGGGUUGGAGUUCAAGAUCUGAGCGAUUGGUACAAAUUACAAUUUAUAAGUGUUUUUUUUUUUUUUUUUUUUUUUUUUUUCUGAAAUGUAAACAUCUUUUAAUUGUAUUUAUUUUGAUUUAUUCAUGCUUAAGUUUGAAAGGGUAUAUUUACGCACAACAAAUACAAUUUCCCCUUGCGCUUUGCUUUUUGUUUAAUCAAAAUGAAAAUUUGUAAUACAGCCUUUCAACUGUAAUAGUAAUAUUUUGCCCCUGGAUCAUUUUUUCGCUGUGGAAUUGAUCCAUGUAGGAGUUUCGUUUUCCGUAUUAUGGCACGAAACUGCUACGCAAAUAUAUUUACAAUGCCAGCAAUGACAUCCCUUAAAAAAAAAAAAAAUGCAAGUAACUGUCUUUUAUAUGUAAAAUAUAGGUACUAUAAUCAUUUGUGAUUAUGAAUUGUUCCGUUACAAAAGUUGUCAAUACAUUUUUGGGAUUUUUCAUAUGUGUUCCACUUAGCACGGUACUAUAAAUCAUUAGUCUAUAGAAAGGGUUAGACUAAUUUAGUCUCGUACUUGGUAUCCUCUAGAGGGCAGUAGCAGUUAUUUUGGGUUCGUUGCAAUUGAGAUCAUUUUUAGUAUGCAGCUGGGGACUAUCUUGAGCUGCCAAAUUUGCUGUAAUUGGUAGUGACACGCGUACUAGUUUAGUACGUAGCGCUGUACUAACCACGGGAUCAGUUUGUUGCAAUUGACCCCUCAUGACUACUACACCAGACCAUUUGUGAACUUUGAGAGACUGCAGUUUGUAAAUGCUAUUCUUACUAUGCGUUCACAAUGGUGGUUGGAUUAAAAAGCUUUUGUGAAACA